AUGAGGAUCGAGAAAUGUUACUUUUGUGGUGCUAAUGUUUAUCCUGGUCAUGGCACAAUGUUUGUUCGAAACGAUGCCAAGAUGUUUCGAUUUUGUCGUUCAAAAUGUCACAAAAAUUUCAAAAUGAAACGUAACCCUCGAAAGGUCAGAUGGACCAAGGCGUUCCGAAAAGCUGCAGGAAAGGAGAUGACGAUGGAUUCUACAUUAGAUUUCGAAAAGCGAAGGAAUGUGCCGAUCAAAUACGAUCGAGAACUCGUUAAUUCUACCGUGACGGCUAUCGAUCGAAUUGCCGAGAUCAAAUCUAGACGAGAGCGUGCAUUCUAUGCUGCUCGUAUCUCAGCUUCAGCUCCAGUUACUCGAAAGAGUUUGGCUACCGAGGUGGUGAAGGAUCGACAUGUACUUGGUUUACGUGAAGAUGAACUUACUCAGAAGGCUGUUAAGGCGGCCGAAAUUAGGUUGGCUAAGAUUGGUGCUCGUGAAUUAGAGCUCAAGCAAGCUAGGAUGAAGAAGGUGACGAUCUCCGAUACACCUAUGGAGACCGAUUCUAACACUGAAGGAUACUUGGAGACCACCAGCGGUACUCAAGCUAUUGCUGAUGCACUACUACAAACGACUGACUCACAAGACAAACCACCACGUAAGAUGAGACACAAGAUGAAGGUGAAGGCUUCGAAAAGUGCAUUGACCACUGGAGGUCAAUCGAUGGACUUGGAUUAGGCAAUUUGAAUCUUGAUUUAUGCUUUAGUGUUUCCAUUUUUCCCACCUUGUGGUGUUCUUCGAUCAUGGGGUAGUCAAUGUAUUUUGUUCCACUUUGCCCC